GUGCAGUGCGAGGCGUCCAGACGAACGGUAUGAUGUGCGUCGCGACGAUGCCGGGAAAAAGGACGCUGAACAGAACGUGGAUGAUGUUCAUGCCACGACGACGGACAACACGGCUUUUUUAUUUUAAAUCGACACACGGCGGCAACCAUCGGGCAUUCUCAUAAAACUGUGUGACAAGACGUCUCUGUAAUUUAAGUUUUCAAUUUUAUAAAAGUGAUUUAUCAGUUUUAAAUUAGUGUGCCAAUUCGGCUUGUUUUUAACAAAUUGAAUGGAAAAAUUACGUCUUAUUGAGGCUUUUAUUUAGACACCAUCAAAUCCUUAAUGCGCAGUAGAUUUAUUGUAGACUCGUUUUAUGUUAUCUAUUGUCAGGUGCGCAUUGUUUAUUGCUAUGAACUUGCCAAUGUCAGUUAAAUCUAUAUUCAAGUGAAUUGUGACUGAUGGAGUUUGGUGAUUGGAAGCUGUGUAUAGAAUAUUAGGUUUAAAUUCCAGAGUUCCAUAAUAUAGAAAACACACAAAAAAAAAGACAGAGCCGCAGCCUCGGUGCUGGUAAACACUACCAUAUUAUCAGUACGUACUAUGUACACAGCGAGAAAGAUCAACAUUGAAGAUUCGUCAUGCAUCGCUGAUAACAGGUGGCUUAUCUUAUCUGAACGCGCGAACUAAUUUUUAUCAUCGUGUUAACGGUACAAGUGAUAAAAAUAAAAGAUUGAAGACAUUAAUUUCUAGUUUCGUGAAAAGAGGAUAUCGAGCAUGUUGCACUCGUUAGACGCGUUGGCUGGAAAGUUAUCCCCAGGAGGGUCUAGUGUUCAGGGUAGUUCGCAGACUAGUUUAUUGGAUACAAACGCAAAUAGGGUCCAUCCCUACCUGAAACAAACUGGCGCAGGGAGUUCUACAAGUUCGAUCGCAAUGAACAACAAUAACAGCACACAGGCGAACAACAACAAUAACAGCAACAACAACAACAACAACAUUCUCGAGAGCCGCGAACGUAACAUAAAAAUCGAAGAACAGGAACAACCAGAUCCAGAUACGAUAAAAAUGUUCGUUGGCCAAGUGCCGCGGUCGAUGGACGAGAGCGAUUUGAGAAAUAUGUUCGAAGUUUACGGACGGGUACAUUCAAUUAACGUUUUGAGAGACAAAGCGACUGGAGCGAGUAAAGGAUGUUGCUUCGUAACAUAUUUUACUAGGAAAGCUGCCCUCUUAGCUCAAGAUGCCUUACACAAUGUGAAGACUCUAAAUGGGAUGCAUCAUCCAAUCCAAAUGAAGCCAGCGGAUAGUGAGAACAGAAACGAAAGAAAAUUAUUCGUCGGAAUGCUGAGCAAGAAGUUUUGCGAAAAUGACGUGCGUGCGUUGUUUACCGGCAUCGGAACAAUCGAGGAGUGCACAGUGCUCAGAGACACCGCAGGUAACUCACGGGGAUGCGCGUUCAUAACAUUUAGUAACAAACAAGCCGCACUAUUAGCAAUUAAGAACCUCCACCAAUCUCAAACGAUGGAGGGUUGUUCAGCCCCUCUAGUAGUGAAAUUCGCGGACACACAAAAAGAAAAAGAACUGAAAAGACAGCAACAAAUGCAAGCUAACAUGUGGAACGCUUUGACCGCUCCAACACUAGCCACGCCACCUCAACAAUACAGUCCAGUUUUACCAUCCGAGCCCACUUCUUUGCAGUUGCUACAAGCCAUGGGCGGUUCCGCGUUGCUACAACAGCAACUGUUAACGAACUCAGAAAAUUUACUAGCACCAAUUGGUGUUCAAAAUCUAGUGACUCUGGCGGCUAUGUCGCAGCCAGCUACGGCUGCUACGACACCGUUGUGUAUGGCAAAUCUGUUGGGAAAAGGUGCGGGAGUGGAAAGGACACUUACGGCAGCUGGUCUGCCGUCCACGUUGGGUACCACACCCGAUCUAAGUGCAUACGGGUCCUUGAUUACAAAUGCUACUUUGAACGCAGCAGCUAUUGCAGCAGCCGGUAAACAGAUAGAAGGUCCAGAAGGUUGCAACCUAUUUAUCUACCACCUGCCUCCAGAGUUUACUGAUACCGACCUGGCAUCCACGUUCCUACCAUUUGGCCCAGUUAUUUCGGCCAAGGUGUUCAUAGACAAACAUACCAACUUAUCAAAGUGUUUUGGGUUCGUGUCCUUCGACAACGCCAAUUCGGCCCAACAAGCGAUCGCAGCUAUGAACGGGUUCCAGAUUGGUACCAAAAGGCUCAAGGUCCAACUAAAGCGAGCCAAGGAGGCGGCAAAACCGUAUUAACCAAAGAUAUAGUAGGUUUAUUACACAAUUUAUUUUAUGGGUUAGAUAAAUGGGUGGUUUGGAGAUAGAAAUUUAUUAGAACAUAUCGUAACCUCUUAAUGACCAAGACGUUUGUUUUUUGUAAAAAGGAAAAUAUUUAGGUGUAAUUUUACUGAGGCAACUUUACUCGUUAUACUGAAUUUGUUUCGUUGAUUUUGCUUUAAUUUGUUUUUUAUAGGAUGACCUUUUAACUUCUAUAAUAACUUAAUUGCUCACCCAGCUGAUUAAUCUUUUUGGUAACAUAUCUUUUGUAAAUAUGAAUAGGUUAAAAACAGUAUUGCAAAUAUAUGAUCUUUAAGCAUACGUACAAUUUCUGGAGUAAAUAUAUUUGAGGUAUAAUAUACUCAAUAAUUAUCCAUGAAGUCUUAAGAAUAAAUAUGGUGAUUCUUCUUAACUUAAAAAUGUCAUUCUAUACUAAACAAGUUUUUCAAGGUUCAUUCGGUUAUAAAUGUUUUUAAAGUAAAGUAGCAAAAUUUAAAAUAACUGCUUAAGCAGAACCGAAACUUUGUAAUUAUAAUUGUCGGAAGUGCUUACAUAAUACGGUAACGUUUUAGGAUAUACAUACUUAAAAUAUAGAAUUUAAUAUCUUAUAGAUGUAAACGUAAUUGCGCGAUUAUUUGCGUAAGUAACACGUUUCUGCCUCCAAACUUUGCCGUAUAUCUCUUUAAGGCGAUUCUUAGUAUAAGUUUAGUUUAAAUUUAACGAUAUAUAUAUUUUACUAUAUAAGCUUAUAAAUUAAACUAAACCUCUACAAUAAGAUAUCCCAUUAAAUAUCUAAUUAUGCGGGAAUGAUUUUUUUAAAUUUUUCUUUCAUAUCUGUUAUUAAUUGUUUUUUCUGUAUUUACUGCGUAUUUUUCAUAUUAACGGAAAUUUAUUUGUAUGCGAUGCACUGAAAACGAUAUUUUAACAUUUCCCUAAAUAGUCCAAAAUGACAUUUUUUUUGUCGCUUUAACGGAAACUUAACUCGUAAUAAAAUGUAAUUUUAUAAUUUUUUUUUGAUGUGAUCUGCUUUCUGAAAGGUUAAAGAGGUCACAAAUUUCCUAAAAUUUCAAUUUUUCUGGCUUCAAUGGUAUUUUUGACAUAAAAUUUAUUGUUGAGUUUUUAAUUACUUUUAAAAUCUGUACAAAAUUAAAAUUUUCUUAAUAAUUUUUUUUGAACUUUGCAAAAAUUCUACCUAUUAUUGAAUUUUUAUUCAGGAGGAAAUGGCAAAGCAAGCAAAAAUAACUUAUUGCUGAAUUUCGCUCUUAUUUUUACCUUUUACUGUAACAUUUGAAAAUCAAGUCAUAUUUCAAUCUAGAAAAUAUAGAAACUUUCUAUUUUCGUAAUUCAGUAUUCGAAAUAUUACUAAUAAAACUAUGCAUAGAGGUCUAGAAAUAAAUUCCAUAACAAUUUGACGGUGAAUUUAUGUGCAUGUCAUUUAAAGCUGUAUUGUUCAAGCAAAAAAACUGCAAAUUUAAUUUUUUUUCCAAAUAAAUUACAACAAAAAAAAUUAUGUGGACCUGCGUAUAAAUAUCUUUCGAGUUAAUGGCUGUUGAAGCAUCUUCAUUUCGCGAGGAGUCCCCUUACGGCGUUGGCGUGCAACAUCUUCAGUCAAUUGUGUUAGUAAUGCUUUCUUCGGUAUUUAUAAUGCUGCUAUUUGGUUUUUUAAUAAUUUGAUACUUAACAGAAGAAAGGCGUUGAAAAGUAUUGAGCAAGAGGAAUGUGAUGAUCAAAAACCAACACAAGCCGUGGCUUGAAAGUUCUUUUUGAUUGGCACGUGCGCUUGCUCAAGAAUUUUUAACGCGUUAUUUCUGAUAAAUCUGAAAUUAUUUUAAAAAAACUGAUAGCAGCAAUUUGUAUGUCAAAGAUAACAUUAACAAUAAUAUAACUGACUGAAGAUGUUGAGUGCUAACGCCGUGAAAGUGCGCCACCAGCGAUGCUUAAAUAGCGUAUAAUUUAAAUAAAAGUUCCUUUAAAAUAUGAUAAUUCCUUUAAAAUAAGUAUAACCCCACAAGGGGGUUAAUAUUCAGGGAGUGAAAAUGCAAAUUUUUCUCUUUAAUCAGAAAUCCACAUACCUUCUUACUACUAUCUAAAGGGUGUUUUUUUUGAGAGGUAUACAAAUUUGAAGUGAAAUAAAACUAUAAAAAAAAAUUUAUUGACAUGGUAUUGGUUUUAUUUAAAAGAUAUUGUUAUGCCAUUAGUGCUUAAAAAUGAUUUCGGGCAUAUGAGCGCCACGGAUGGUUUGAAUGUAGCGUAAUCGGGAAGUCCAAUUUUCGACCACUUUUUCAAGCAUCUGGGGCCGUAUCUCGGCAAUAACGCGGCGAAUGUUUGCUUCCAAGUGAUCCAACGUCUGUGGUUUAUCUUUGAAGACAUGUGACUUCACAUAUCCCCAAAGAAAGUAAUCCAGGGGUGUGAGAUCACACGAUCGUGGAGGCCAGUUCACAAGUCCAUUGCGUGAAAUUAUGCGAUUAUGGAAUGUUUCCCGCAAUAAAUUGAUAGUGUCACGCGCUAUGUCGCAUGUUGCACCAUCUUGUUGAAACCAAAGCUCUGCCACAUCAAGUCGGUUCAACUGAGGAACAAAAAAGUCGGCAAUCAUGGCUCUAUAAGGUUCUCCAUUGACUGCAACCUUCUGGUCGUUAUCAUCUUUAAAAAAAUAUGGGCCAAUGAUUCCUCUUGACCAUAAAGCGCACCAAACUGUGACUUUUAAUGGAUGUAAGGGCGUCUCAACAAAAGCUUCUGUAUUUUCUCCACUCCAAAUUCGACAAUUUUGCUUAUUGACGAAGCCGUUCAACCAAAAGCUGAAUACUGUUUUCCGCCCAUUCACCGAACGUACGGCGCGCAUAAUGGUCACGCGGUUUUAACUUCUAAGUUUUAGGAAAUUUUUACUUAUUUGAGAGUACCAAAUCAUAGUAAGUAGGAAAAAGCGGCAAUAGCGUAGUUUCAUUAUUACCUAAUAUUCCAUUUUUACUUAGAAAGAAAGAAGUGUUAGAGCAAGUAAAAACAGCUUAUUGAUGAAUUUCGGUUUUAUUUUGAUCUUUUACUAUAAAAUUUAAAAUUUAAGCCAGAUUCCAAGUUAGGAAAUACGAAAACCUUCUAUUUUCGAAAUUAAGUGUUCGAAAUAUUAUUAAUAAAACCAUUCGUGGAGGUCUACAAAUAAAUUCCAAAUUUGACGGUGAAUCCAUGCGCAUGUCAUUUAAAGCUUCAAGUAUUCAAGCAAAAAACUGUAAAUUAAUUCUUUUUCCAAAUAGGUUACGACUAAAAAAAUGUGGACCUGCAUAUAUCAGAUAUACAGGAUUUGUCAGUUAACCACCUUUAGGAAUUCAAAUAUCUUUCGAGUUAAUCAGUUGAAACAUCUUGAUUUCGCGAGGUGCGCGCCUCCUCAUGUCGAUGGCGUGCAACAUCUUCAGUCAAUUGUGUUAUUAGUGAUAUCUUCGAUAUUCAUAUUGCUCCUAUUUUUUAAUAAUUUGAUACUUAACAUAAGAAACGUUUACGUUUUGAGUUGUUGAACAAGAGCACACUCCUCUUGAUAACCAAAACUUCAAGCCAUGAAACUCAUUUGGUUUUAACGGUAGUUUAUUAAAAAAAAGUGUUUAAAGCCCCCGAUCGGUUGUCAGCAAGUCAAAAUGGCAACGCAGCAUACAUCGGUUGCACUUACAAAAAAUCAACUUAAAUCCUAUGGUUAAAGUUACAGGCAUUUAAAUUUUUUUGCAACUAACAUAUGCUGCGUCCUCAAUUUUAGUUGCUGACCGAUCGGACGCUAGCUUCACACACAUUUUUAUAAACCAAUUGUCACACACGACUUUUCAACGAAGUUACGAGUAUUAAAAAAAAACUAAUAGCAGCAAUUUGUAUAUGAGAGAUAACAUUAACAACACAACUGACUGAAGAUGUUCCGUGCUAACAUCGUGAGGGUCCGCCACCAGCGAUGCUUCAAUAGCCUAUAAUUUAGAUAAAAAUUACUUUAAAAUAUUACUUGACUAUUCCAGACUUUGAAUUUGAACGCUUAGGGGAAAGUUUAACUUCACAAGGAAGUUGCUGUUCAGGGAAUGAAAAUGCCAAUUGCCCUUUUUAAUCAGAAAUCCACAAACACCUUCUUAUUGUUACUUACUAUGAUGGACCUGCGUAUAUCAGAUAUACAGGAUAACCAGUUAACCGCUUUUAGUAAUUAAAAUUUGCUUCAAAUUAAACACUGUUGAAGCUUUCUUUAUUUUGAUUUCUUGAGGCGCGAGCUCCCUCACGACGUUGGCGUGCAACGUCUUUAGUCAGUUGUAUUGUUUAUGGUAUCUUCGACAUUUAUAUUGCUUGGAAAAGUCUCGAGCAAGAAGAGUGUGAUAAUCAAAAAUUAAUUCGUGACAAGCCGUGAAACUUGACUGGUUUUGAAGGUCUUCUAAAAAAUAAAGAAUGCAUCAUAUGUUGAUUUCCAACGACUUUUUAAUAUAUGCGUCCUUGACACUCACAAAAAAUUGAAUUAACAUCUUAAGGAAAGUUUUAGAAGUGAGGGCCAUUUUAAUUUUUUCACAAGUAACAUAUGUUGCAUUCUCAAUUUUAGUUGCGGAUUGCUAGAUUGACACACAGUUUUCAUAAAGCUUUAACUUUGACGGCUUGGAAGUGCUUUUUGAUUGUCACAUGCGACUUUUCCACAAGUUUUUUCUGGUAAAUCUAAAUAUAUUUAAAAAACUAAUAGCAGCAAUUUGCAUGUUAAAGGUAAGAUGAAGAACACAACGGACUGAAGAUGUUGCGCGAUAACGCCGUGAAGAUGCGCCGAAUUUAGAUAAAAAUUCCUUUAAAAUAUGAUUUGACCAUUCGCGACUUCCUAUUUUAAGUUUUUACCCCAUAAUUGGAUUGAUAUUGGGAGUGAAAAUGCAAAGUUCCCUCUUUAUUCAGAAAUCCACACAGCUUCUCAAUACUUGUUAAAAAUAAUAAAUAUACACAUUUUAAUGAAAAUGUAAUUGAAAUUUAAUUUCUAUGAAAAUUUAGGAAAUUUUGACGUAAUUGAAAGACGCUAAGACAUUAAAAAGUAAGUUGGAAAAAGUGAGAAAGGUGUAGUUUUCUUAAAGGUGAUUAAAACAAAAACGACAGAAAUCAGCCGUUAAUGUAGACGUUUCGAUCAUUUAUUUGAUUAAUAAGAAACUUUCACAGAAUCGGGUUAUCAUUACAGCCGAAUGGCUGAAAAUUACAAAAUUAAGAAAAGCCUUAAAAAUUCAACAAACAAUCCCAAAAUUGAAUAUUACAACUACUUUUAUUAUUGCAAUAAAAAUAUAUCAUUACCGAAAAAAUCAUGCAUACCCAUUGCUUUAGAUUGAUGGCUUAAGAUUUUGAAAAAUAUUCUUGCAAUUUGAUUUAAAACAGUUUUCUUGAAUAAUUUUCUGUAAAACUAUUUGUAAAUGACUAAAUUAAGAUUGAAACAAACAACAGCUAUUUCUCUACGACGAAAUCCUCCACAAAAUGCCAUAAUUGCGGAAAUUUGCACAGAAAAUGGUGCUGAGAACGUUAAACACUGUAUGACUUGAAUUGUGGAUUAUUUUUUUAAUUUAUAAAUAUGUUCAAUUUGUUUUUGCUUACUGGAGAGAUGUUAAAAUUUGAAAGUAAUUGUAUACAAAUAAAUGACCUUAUUUUAUGUAUAAUCUGAUUUAAUACAAUGCUUUAAUAGAUAUGAAGAAAAAUUUUUGAAAAAAUUCAUGAACCCGUACAUCAUGAGUCAUUAUAAAAAGCCAGUGCAUCGCCCUAUUCAUAUAAAAAAAAAGUAAUUUUGUACUUAUUUUUCCCUGUACAAAGAAAAAAGAAACACAGCGCCAGUGCAGUGUGCCCAAACUCAGGAUUUAGCUGCUAUUUUUACGAACUGUGAGAUAUUUUUACUAGCUAACUGCGGUCCUCAAAGGUAGCGAUCGCCCUGUACAUUAAUAAAAUUUAAUAUAGUUGUAUGGUCGUAAGUCUUAAAUAAAAUUGACGGGAACCAGUAGGGUAUCAUAAAUAGCUUUCCGCGAUGAAUAAACAUUCGUUUGAUUGAUGAUACGAUCGUUGUUCAAUAAGAAGCAAAAGAUCUAUAGGAACUAAAUGUUGUAAUACUGUAUUAAUGUUUUUUAAUUAUGUUUGAGAGAAUUAAGUCUUUUACGCCAUUACAAUGAAAAUAUCAUCAACAAAAGAUUGUCGAUGCACUUUGCACCAUAUUGGUUCUAAUUUUUGGCUGUAUGAAGGUUAAAAUACAAAGGCCUUAUUGUCGCUUUUAAGGUGAAAAAUUUACGUGAUCCGCGUUUUUUACUUCUUCGCCUGCAAGAAGUGAUUUCAUUUUGAAAAUAGUUCUGCUAUACUUAAAAGUUUUUGAUUGUUUUUAAUUUGCAGCUAAAGUUAGGCAGCUAUUUCUAUCUUAAGUUUUUUUUUGCCAUAGAGCAUACAUCUGAAGAGUGAGCUUUUUCAAAUUGAAGCUCCUUGCAGGAUUUCUUAGGCCAGUACUUACACAAUAUAUAUAACUAAUUCACCAAAGAGUACCUAAGUCAGCACUGUUUCAUCCGAAUUUAUUUAGAUUGUAAGCAAUUGAUACAAUAACAUAAUCUGAUUAAUCGUGGAAAAACCAGGUAAGUUUUUCAAAUGCGCUUCAAUAAGUGUCCUGUAUUUUGCUAAUAGUUAUUAAAUGUAUGUUCUUGCUGACACUUAAUUAAUUUUUUUUAUUGUUUUUGUUUUUGGCAGCGUAAAAGACCAAAUUAUUCGGUAAGAAGUUUGAAAAAUUUAAUUUUGUGUCGGCGUGUAAAAAUGACGAGGAUGUUCCGUAACUAAAUGUUAUGUUGGGUUAAUGUUUCCUUCUGGUAAUUUGAUUAAGUUAUAGUUUUUUUUAAUUAUUAUUUGUAAUAAUGUUUGUUUUUCGUGGCGUUAGCGCGCAGGCAUCCUCUGUUGUUAAAGUUUUCUUAAUUCCUAAGCCACAGUUUUUUUUAAUGUAAUUGUUGGGUGAUUUAUGAUGUUUUAUUUCGAGAAUUUAGAAUACAAUUAUGAUUACGAUACCUUAUAAACAUAUUGAGCAUGUACUUGAUUGAAUUGUACCUUUUAUUUUCUAUUGUUAUUAAACCAAAGUUAUUAGACCAA